UUUCAGUACUUGAUCUCAACAGAACUAAUAGCAGGACCUCUUUUAAGUCUCUCAUGUGAACAAUGUUCUUCCAUCUGAUGUGUGUGGCACUGCUGGGCCUGUGGUGUUGUCUCACCACAUCAACAGCUAGCGUUUCCUACCCCAAAACUCUGCCCUGUGAAGUUAGAGAGACCGACAACGGGAGUGUGGUGACAGUGGACUGCACUGAGAGAAGCCUCAAAGAUAUCCCCCUUGGCAUCCCCAGAGACACUACCAAUCUGACGCUCACCAUCAACCAUAUUCCUAACUUAAACUCCACCUCCUUUCAUGGUCUGGAGAACCUGACUGAGAUUGACAUGAGGUGCAACUGUGUGCCCAUCAAAAUCGGGCCCAAGGACCGCAUGUGCACAAAGAGUGUGAUCAUAGAGGACAACACCUUUUCCAGCCUGAGGAACCUGCGAGCACUGUAUCUAGAUGGCAAUCAGCUCUACAGUAUACCUAAAGGCCUCCCUCCAAACCUGAUCCUGCUGAGUUUGGAAGUGAAUCACAUUUUUUAUAUUUCAUCAGCAAACCUCUCUGAGAUUAGAAAUAUUGAGAUGCUUUACCUCAGUCAAAACUGUUAUUUCCGUAACCCAUGUAAUGUUUCCUAUGAAAUAGAGGAUGGCGCAUUUUUACAGCUUAACAAUUUAACAUUGUUAUGUCUUAAGUCAAAUAACCUAUCCUUUAUUCCACAUCGACUACCCACAAGUCUGAAGGAGUUGUACCUCUAUAACAACAACAUUCAAGAAGUCACUGAUGAGGAUUUCAAAAACUUAACUAACCUUGAGAUUCUAGAUAUUAGCGGAAAUUGUCCUCGAUGUUACAACGCUCCUUUCCCAUGCAACCCGUGCCCAAAUAAUUCCCCACUUAAAAUCAGUAAGACGGCUUUUAAAAUGUUGACAAAGCUAAAGACUCUGCGUCUGCACAGUAACUCUCUGACAUGUGUGCCAUCUGAGUGGUUUGCCAGCACAACAGAGCUAAGAGUUCUUGAUCUCUCCUCCAACUUUUUAGCAAGAGAGAUAGGAGUCACACACUUUCCACAUUUCCUGGGCAAACUGGAAGAACUGGACCUUUCAUUUAACUAUGAGCUUCAGAGGUACCCUGAAACACUGAGACUGAGCCGCAAUUUCUCAUCCCUCAAAUCCCUUCGAAUUCUCAGACUGAAGGGCUUUGUGUUUCAGCAGUUAAAGCCAGAGAGCAUUGCUCCAUUAAAACCUCUAACAAACUUGGAGGUUGUGGAUCUGGGUACAAACUUUAUUAAAAUGGCAAACCUUAGUAUUCUGAUGGAAUUAAAAAGCUUUAAAAUAAUCAGUCUGUCUGACAACAAAAUAUCAUCCCCCUCUGACGGCCAAGAAGCUGUCGGUUUCUCUGGGGGAGAGCCCUUGUACUGGUCUCCCAUGUCGCCUGCAGAUCAGUACCAAAGUAAGGAAGUGAGAGAGAUUCAUUACUUUAGAUAUGAUGAAUAUGCUCGCAGCUGCAAAUACAAAGAUAAAGAACUUGGAACGAUUACAUCCUUUGUCAACAAGAACUGCAGUCAGUUCGGCAAAACCUUGGAUGUGAGCAGAAACAACAUAUUCUUCUUGCAUUCAAGAUUUCUAAAUCUCGGAGAGCUUAGAUGCCUGAAUCUGUCUGGAAAUGCAAUGAGCCAAAGUCUGAAUGGCUCUGAAUUUAGCUAUCUGGCUAAUUUACAAUAUCUAGACUUCUCCUCAAACCGCCUGGACCUGCUCUACUCCACAGCAUUUCAAGAGUUGAAAAGUCUGGUCAUCUUGGAUAUAAGUUACAACAACCAUUACUUUGAGUCAGAGGGCUUGACUCACAUGCUUAAUUUCACUAGAAAUUUGAAAAAUCUCAAGAUAUUGCUCAUGAACCACAACCAGAUCUCCACUUCCACUAACACGGAGCUAGAGAGUGAAUCUCUAGAGAGGUUAGAGUUCACAGGUAACCGGUUAGAUAUGUUGUGGAGGGACGGGGACAUUAGGUAUGUCAAUUAUUUCAAGAAAUUACAUAAUCUGACUGUCCUCGACAUCUCUCAUAACAACCUUAAUUUCAUUCCACAGGAAGUGUUCAGUGGUUUGCCAGACAAACUGUCUGAGCUCUAUAUCAAAAAUAACAAACUAAAGGAUAACUCCUUUGAUUGGGAGAAACUAAAACUUUUAAGUUCUUUGCAAGUCUUAGAUCUCAGUGGGAACAGCUUAACUACUGUUCCGCCCAUGCUGUCAAUCUGUACCAAAUCUCUAAAGAAGCUCCUGUUACAUAAAAACCAGAUCCUAAAACUCACGCCAGAUUUCCUCAAGGAUGCCUACAACUUACAAUAUCUGGAUCUUAGUUUUAAUCACAUACAGUACAUUGACAAAUCUAGCUUUCCAGAUGACGUCGUCAAUAAGAUGAAAAUGCUGCUUCUGCACAAAAACAGAUUUGUGUGCACUUGCAACGCCACUUGGUUUGUCACAUGGCUCAACAGGACCACAGUGCCCAUCCCCAGACUGGCCACGGAUGUUACUUGCGCUAGUCCAGGGGCACAAAGAGGUCAUCCUGUACUCUCAGUGGACCUGCUGGCCUGCCAGCACAGCUACCUGUCAAUCAUCCUCUACACACUCAUGACUUCCCUCGUCCUCAGCUUCCUCACCCUGUCAAUCUCCAGCCAUCUCUUCCUGUGGGACGUCUGGUACAUCUACCACUUCUGCAGGGCAAAGCUCAAAGGUUAUGGGCGCCUGAACUCCCAAAGCUCCACCUAUGAUGCCUUUGUGAUAUAUGACAAGGAGGAUCUGGCGGUAACAGAGUGGGUGAUGAAGGAAAUGGUUGCUCAUCUGGAGGACCAUGGAGACUGCCGGCUGACGCUUUGUCUGGAGGAACGGGACUGGAUCCCUGGAUGCCCCCUGAUCGACAACCUCUCGCAGAGCAUCCACAACAGCAAGAGGACCGUGUUCAUUCUCACCAGCAAAUAUAUCAAAAGUGGCAACUUCAAGACAGCUUUCUACAUGGCCCACCAAAGACUAAUGGAUGAAAAAGAUGACGUCAUCGUACUGAUCUUUUUGGAGAAAGUACCUUGCGAUUCAAAGUACCUGAGAUUAAGGAAGAGACUGUAUAAGCGCUCUGUGAUGGAGUGGCCUACAAACCCUCAAGCCCAGUUCUACUUCUGGUUCAGCCUGAGAAGUGUAUUAGCAACUGAAAGUCACAAACAAUACAACAAUCUCUUCAAAGAGACACUGUAAAACAAUAUACUGUCAUACUUAGUUCCUUCUUAAUUAGAGAUGGCACUGAAUGUACAUAUGUAAAUGAAUUACAAUGUGUGAACAUCCCACUAUUUAAACAUAAGACAAAGAGAAAUGAUUGUGACAUGAAUGACUAAUUGUCUAUUAUGAAUUCCCUUUUUACGGUAACUCAAUACAAUAGGGAACUUUUGAUGGGAGAAUUAUGAUUUUGACUUUGUCUGAGAUGGCAACAAAACUGUUUACAUGUCAUGAAAAAGGAAAUGAAACAGAUGCACUUCUGCAAUUGAGAGGCUACUUCUGCCCCAGAGGCUCUUUGUGAGAGCCAGCCAGCUCGCUGCGUUUCUUUGACUUCAGCAACAGGGGGAUUUUUUUUUUUUUAAUGUGUGUUGUAUUUUAUAAAUUUUAAGUUGGAUAUAUUAACUUUGGUGACUUGAUGCAAGACAGUGUCAUCAAGUAGUUAAUUUUCAGUUUUACUUUAAAGAUUGCCAGUGCCACUGUUUUUGCAAGGUUGUCAUUCAAGAAUCAUAAGGAAUCAAUACCACAAUGACAAUGACGUGUUGGAUGCACUUGCUGCUGUUCUGUCUGUGUUGCCAUUAUGAGAUCCAGCCUGCUGCAUGUAAACCUGUGUGGAUGA